GUAAUAAUAAAAAAAUACGAAGUUGUUUUUUCUGUCAUGCUGUUGGACUUCUUGAAAUUUGAAAAGAAAUCCUAUAAUUUAGAAUUUGUGAACCUUGUGUUCGAAAUAAUUUACUCUUCCGCCUGAUAAAAUGUUUUCUCACCCUUUUCGUCGAUUCAUUCACCUUUCUUGUCAUUCAAGAAGUGUCAGAGUCAGAUUUGCCCCUAGUCCCACUGGCUAUAUUCAUUUAGGAGGCCUGAGGACUGCAUUGUACAAUUUUUUGUUUGCCAAAGCUAAUAAUGGUAAAUUUAUCUUGAGAAUUGAAGACACAGACCAAAAACGUUUAGUACCUGGGGCUGCUGUUCAAUUAGAGACUGAUUUAGAUUGGAUGGGUCUAUCACCAGAUGAAAGUCCAAUUAAAGAUGGUGGUUUAGGCCCUUACACACAAUCUAAGAGAUUACAUUUGUACAGCAAAUUUGUUCAAGAAUUAGUUAAGAGUGGACAUGCCUACUAUUGCUUUUGUUCAGAUAGGAGAUUAGAAUUUGUGAAGAAAGAGGCUUUAAGAGAAGGAGCAAUUCCUCGAUAUGAUAAUCGCUGUCGACAACUUUCCAGCGCUCAAGUAGAAGAAAAGAAACAGCAAGGAAUGGCAUCUUGCGUACGAUUUAAGCUAAGCCCUUUAGAUGAACCCAUACAAGACUUGGUGUAUGGAAACAUUGAUCGUAGCGCAGUUUUGCAUGAAGGCGACCCGGUAAUUUUGAAGCAAGACGGUUAUCCUACGUACCAUUUGGCUAACGUAGUGGAUGAUCAUCUAAUGGGAAUUACUCAUGUAUUAAGAGGGACCGAAUGGCUCGUUUCAACAGCUAAACACGUCCUUCUAUACAAGGCAUUUGGAUGGACACCUCCCUCGUUUGCUCAUUUGCCAUUAAUAUUGAACCCAGAUGGGACGAAAUUGUCUAAGAGACAAGAUGAUAUCAGGCUGGAAUAUUUUAGAAAACAAGGCUUCUAUCCAGAGGCCAUUAUCGGUCUACUUUGUUUAGUUGGAGGUGGAUUUUCCCCAUCUAUCGACAUCCAACAGAAUUUACACUCUCUUUCCGAGCUAGCAAAAGCGUUUAAUUUAGGAAUUGUCACAACCCAUUCAGGAAGAUUGGACGGGCCUCGAUUGGAAUAUUUUAAUCGAUUGGCUCUACAGAAUCGCAUCAAUCGUCCUGAAGAAAUAGAUAAAUUGAGUGAAGAAUUGUAUCGUUUGAUCCACGAUAAGAUACAAAAUUCUUCCCUUGACAAGGAUAUGGUUAAAAAGGCCAGCUUGUUGAAGAUUCUUCAUUGGGCGUCAAAUGGAGGGCGAAUUAAUUUUCUGCAUCAGCUAACCGAUUCAAGCAUGGGAUUCUUAUGGAAUUCCCAGGAAAGUCCGAUCGUGUCAAAAUUAGAUCCUUCUACAGCAAGAAACGUACUUAUUCGGGUGAUUCAGGUGCUAAACGAACGUGAUCGUAUACAAAAAAAUGAAGUAUCAACUAUGCUUGGGAAAAUUGCCACAGAAUAUAACCUAAAACUAAAAGAAGUACUGAAGUUGAUGCGAUCUUCCUUGACAGGCCUCAAAGAAGGACCUCCAGUCAGUGAAGUUAUGGAAAUUCUUGGUCCUCAGAUUUGCGCUAAUCGACUUGGUUCCAGUUUGAAUUUGAUUGUUUAAAAAACUUAAACGAAAAUUGUAGACAUACACAUGCCUCAUUAUGAUCGCAAUUGUAUGUUCCUUCUAUUAAAAUUCUGUUUUAAACCAGUUGAAGUAGGGGUUCCACUGUUCCAGUUCUAUAUCAUGAGCCAUUUUCGAAUUAAAUGGUUAGGACCGUGUAAUGUUCGAACUCUCCGUCAGAGGGUAUUUUGUCCGAGCCUCCGACAUUCUUUUCUAGUCUGCUUCUUGGCUACGGAACGCAACUUGUGUUCGUAUUCUGUUUUCUCAUUUUAUAAACGGAUAAAAUAAUGGGUUCAGUAUCUGCAAAGUCGUUGGAAGAUGGAAGCGAUUAUAAACAUGAUCCAUUGGAAGGGUUUUCGAACGGCCGUAAAUCUCGAG